AUGGAUGUUAAUUUCCUUAAUGGCCCUCAUCAUGAAUUAGCUUUACACGCAGCUUGUGCUAAAGGCUUAUAUGAUGCUGUGGAGCUUUUAAUCGAAAACGGAUCCUUGCUUGACACGAAAGAUUCGUUAGGUCAUACACCUCUUACAAAUGCUAUAUUUGCUAGAUCAUUACCUUGUAUUGAGUUACUUAUAAAUUACAAUGGUAGUCCAGCAGAUGUUUCUGUAAUUGAUGAUCAAGGGAAUAAUUUGCUUCAUUUGGCAGCAACAAAUAACUUUGCUUCAGCUAUUCCGCUAUUGAUAAAAAAAGGAGUACCAAUAGAUUCACAUAAUCAACGAUGGCUUUCACCACUAGCAGUUGCUAUUAGCUUUGGAUGUUUAGAUGCAGCUAAUGCACUUAUAGAAGGAGGUGCCGAUGUGAACGGUAGAACUCGUUUUGCUACUGUAUUACAUCACGCUGUUACAUGGAAUCGUUUAGAAGUUGUGAAAAAAUUAAUUGAACUCAAUUGUAAUGUCAAUGUAGUAAACAUCUUAGAAGAGACACCACUCUAUCUGGCAGUUCAACAACGAAAAAUAGAUAUUGUUCGAUAUUUGAUAGAGGAAGGAAAAGCUGACCCAUGUUUUACAGUAAACAAUCUUCCAAAUACUUCAAAUUUACCGUUGCUUUACGCAGCUAAUCAUGGAUAUACAGAAAUAUGCCGCUUGCUAAUCACUCAAAACACAUCUACUUUUUUUAUUCAAACCUCAGCAAAUAUGAGUAGACGAGCAGGAUAUCCUCUAACCGAGGAAUUUUUAAAUAAUAUUUUAGCUGAACGACAACAAAUAACAGCAGCAGCAGCAGCAGCGAUAACAAUAGAUCCUCCAAUUGAAAAUAAUGUAGAUUUGAACGAUCGAAUUGUGUAUGAUAAUGGUAAUAAAGACAAUACUAACAAUGUAAACAACAGUAAUUCAGUAGAAGAAAAUAACAAGGAUGACAAUGACGAUAAUAAAGAAGCCGUUGCAGCAUUUGAGUCAAUAUUUAAUACUUUCAGUGAUGAUGAAUUAUGA